UCAAACUAAACCCAUCUGGUGACCCCCGGUGUGUGUGGCGGAAGUGUGCCGUAAAUCAGUGCCCUCGGUAGUGUGUUUGCUGUAGUACAGGCGGCGCUUUGUUUCAGUCACACACACACACGCGCUCGACGCUCCCCGCACAGUUCCCGCUGGAAGCUCGACACGUCACGGCGAAUCUAACGGAAAACAACGGCUUUUCUCUCGGGAUGAAGGGAGAGUUCGCGCCGCUGGUCUGAGGAGGGUCCGCGCAGGGUUUCCUCUCAGAGAGCCGGGAUUCGGGCUCGGGGAUCGGGCUCGGAACUGCAAUAUUCUCCCGCACUCCUGCUGUGGGAUCUGGAGGAAUAAUACGCGAUGAAUGUCGACAGAAUGAGCGCGUUAUAAGCACACUCCUCUCAGAGCUCUCCCGCUUUAUCCCUCACGGACACGAUGGAGGAGGUUUUCACGGCUUUGUUGGAGGAUUUUCUGCAGUCUCCUCUGGUGUGCUGGGUGAAGACUGUCUCUCGGCUCCAGUCGGAUGGCUCUCAUCUGUCGGAGUUCAUGACUUUAGUGGACGGGGUUUAUCUGAACGACAUCAUGCUUCAGAUAAACCCCCAGACGAGUGUCCAGAGAGCCCACAGGAAGGUGAACAACGACCCGUCGCUGCGCAUCCAGAACCUGUGUGUCCUCGUGCAGCACAUCAAGAGCUACUAUCAGGAGGCGCUGCAGCAGCUGGUGGUGAUGUCACUUCCUGAUGUGCUGGUGUUGGGCAGGACUCCUCUCAGUGAGCAAGGACUGGAGGAGAUGAGGAAACUACUGUUGCUGCUGCUGGGCUGUGCUGUACAGUGUAACAGGAAGGAGGAGUAUAUCGACAGGAUCCAGACGCUGGACCUCGAAACACAGGCAGCCAUCGCCGCUCACAUUCAAGAGGUGACCCAUAACCAGGAGAACGUGUUUGACCUUCAGUGUGCGGAGGAGAGCGAGCCUGUCCCGCACGAUAAAGACGAGCUCGUCAGACACCUGACCUUUAACCUCAAGCGCCUCGUCGACGAGAGAGACCAGCACGCUGAGAUGAUCGUCUCUCUGACUGUGGAGCGGGACUGUGGUCACAUGACUCUCGCCCCGUCGCCCAGCGAGUCUCCCAGCAUGAGCCGCACAGAGAGCGUUCAGCAUCUGUCUGUGGAGCUAGCCGACGCUAAAGCUAAGAUCAGACGCCUGCGCCAGGAGCUAGAGGAGAAGACCGAGCAGCUGCUGGACUGCAGACAGGAAGUGGACCACAUGGAGCAGGAAGUGAAGAGACUGCAGCAGGAAAACGUGCAGCUGGUGUGUGACGCGCGCUCGCUGCGGGCGUAUCGGGAUGAGCUCGACGCGUUCAGAGAGAAGGCCGUCAGAGUCGACAAGCUGGAGAGUGAAGUGAUCCGCUACAAGGAGAAGCUCCACGACAUCGAGUUCUACAGGACCAGAGUCGAGGAAUUGAAGGAGGACAAUCAGGUUCUGCUGGAGACCAAAAGCAUGCUGGAGGAUCAGCUGGAGUCAUUCAGAGCUCGAUCUGAUAAACAUCAUGAGCUGGAGAAGGAAAAUCUGCAGCUUAAAAACAAGAUCCACGACAUGGAGAUGGAGCGGGACUUGGACCGGAAGCGGAUGGAGGAGCUGAUGGAGGAGAACCUGACGCUAGAGAUGGCUCAGAAACAGAGCAUGGACGAGUCUCUGCACCUGGGCUGGGAACUGGAGCAGCUCUCCAAGACCACACCUGAGCUGACUGAAGUGCCGCAGAAGUCUCUGGGUCACGAGGUGAACGACCUGACGUCCAGUCAGCUGCUGAAGCUGGAGAAGGAGAAUCAGAUGCUGCAGAAGAGCGUGGAGGAGCUGAAGGCGGCGAGCGAGAGCAGCGCACGCCUACGCCUGGAGAAAGACAAGCACACACUCAUCCAACAGCUGGAGCAGCUGCAGACGGAGCUGGCCGCAGACAGAGAGAGUUUGCGCAGUGCUGAGAGUCUGAGCUCAGAUCUGCUGAAGGAGAAAGCUCAACUGGAGAAAACACUGGAGACGCUCCAGGAGAACUCCGACAGACAGGUCAAGGGCCUGGAGCAGGAGAACGCACACCUGACCCAGACCGUCUCCUCUCUCCGGCAGCGCUCUCAGGUCGGCGCCGAGGCCCGCGUCAAAGACAUCGAGAAGGAGAACCGCGUGCUGCACGAGUCCAUCAAAGAGACCAGCAGCAAACUCAACAAGAUGGAGUUCGAGCGCAAGCAGCUCCGCAAGGACCUGGAGCAGCUCAAAGACGCCGGCGAGCGAGCCGAAGAGCUGGAGCAGGAGGUGCGGCGGCUGGAGCGCGAGAAGGAGGGUCUGCAGAAGCGUCUCUCGGCCCAGGCCAUCACCUGCGAGAAGGUGGAGGUGCUGGAGAAGGAGAACGCGGAGCUGGAGGCCGAGAGCCGGAGACUGAAGAAGGCGGCCGACGCCCUGAGGAACCUGUCCUACCAGCUGGAGGGGCUGGAGAAGGAGAACCGAGAGCUGGACCAGGAGAACCUGGAGCUGCGGCGCACGGUGGAGUCCCUGCGGUCCAGCGGAGCCAAAGCCGCACAGCUGGAGCUGGAGAACCGGGAGCUGGAGGACGAGCGGACGCACCUCAGGAAGAGCCUGGAGCUGAUGAAGGCCUCGUCCAAGAAGAACGAGCGUCUGGAGGCCAGCAAUCAGAGCCUGGACGCGGAGAACCAGCGGCUGCAGAAGGGCCUGGAGAGCGGCGGCCGCAAGAUCCAGCAGCUGGAGGGAGAGGUGCGGGAGCUGGAGCAGGAGAACCACAGUCUGCAGGAGAGCCUGGAGCAGAUGAAGAUCUCCAGCAAGAGCCUGGAGCAGCUGGCGCAGGAGAACGCCUCGCUGGAGGCCGACAACACGCAGCUGGAGAAGGACCGGAAGCAGCUGGAGAAGGAGAACAAGCGGCUCCGACAACAGGCCGAGAUCAAGGACUCCAAGCUGGACGAGGACAACCUGCGCAUCGCUCACCUGGAGAAGGAGAACCGCGCGCUCGGCAAGGAGGUCCACGCCCUCAAAGACACGUGCAGCCGCGCCCGAGACCUGGAGAAGGACAACAAGGAGCUGGUCAAGCAAGCCACCAUCGAUAAGAAGACUCUGGUGACCCUGAGAGAGGACCUGGUCAAUGAAAAGCUGAAGACUCAGCAGAUGAACAAUGACCUGGAGAAGCUGACCCAUGAGCUGGAGAAGAUCGGCCUGGAUAAAGAGGGUCUUCUGGGUGACGAGGAGAGCUCUGAUGACAGGUUUAAGCUUCUGGAGUGUAAGCUGGAGUCCACCCUGAGGUCAUCUCUGGAGAUUAAGGUGGAGAAGAUCUCGGCUCUGGAAGCGCGACUGCAGGAGUCCUCCAACCUCAACCAGCAGCUGCGCCAGGAGCUCCGAACGGUGAAGAAGAACUACGAGGCGCUGCGUCAGCGUCAGGAGGAGGAGUGUGUGUCCCAGAGCUCGCCGGCUCGCGGGCGAGAGGAGCACAGCGUCAGGAAGUGGGAGAAGGAGAGUCAGGAGGCCACGCGAGAGCUGCUGAAGCUCAAGGACCGGCUCAUCGAGGUGGAGAGAAACAACGCCACUCUUCAGGCGGAGAAGCAGGCUCUGCGCACGCAGGUGAAGCAGCUGGAGUCUCAGAGCACCAACCUGCAGGCUCAGAUCCUGGCGCUACAGAGGCAGACCGCGUCUCUGCAGGAGAACAACACCACGCUGCAGACGCAGAACGCCAAACUACAGGUGGAGAACUCAACACUCAACUCUCAGAGCGCCGCUCUCAUGUCCCAGAAUGCCCAGCUGCAGACGCAGCAGUCCAGCACCGAGAGCGAGAGAGAUGUGGCCAUACGAGAGAAAGAAGACCUGCGCUCGGUGUACGAUCUGCUGCUGCACGACCACGAGAAGCUGUCCGCCCUGCACGAGAGACAGGCGUCCGACUACGAGGAUCUGAUCGGCAGACACGGAGAGCUGAAGAGCGGCUAUAAGAGUCUGGAGGGGCAGCAUCGCGGCCUGGAGAACAGGUAUAAUCAGCUGUUGAAGCAGAAGACUGAGCUGGAGCAGCUGGAGAAGGAACUCAAAGCAGACCGAGAGAAGAUGAUCUCCGACAACAAGAGCCAUCAGGACACCGUUGCACAGUUCCACAGACUCAGCGCCGAGCACCAGACGCUGACCUCUACACACCAACAGCUCCUGAAGGACAGUGAGCUCCUGCAGGCGGAUCAUAAGAGUCUGAAGACUCAGCUGAACACGGCCCGUCUGGAGCAGACCCGCCUGGAGGCCGAGUUCUCCAAACUCAAGGAGCAGUACCAGCAGCUGGACAUAACCUCGGCCAAACUCACCAAUCAGUGCGAGCUGUUGAGCCAGUUAAAGGGGAAUCUAGAAGAAGAGAACCGGCAUUUACUGGAUCAGAUCCAGACCCUGAUGCUGCAGAACCGGACCCUGCUGGAGCAGACCAUGGAGAGCAAAGACCUGUUCCACGUCGAGCAGAGACAAUACAUUGAUAAACUCAAUGAGCUGAGGAGACAGAAGGAGAAACUAGAGGAGAAGAUCAUGGAUCAAUAUAAGUUUUAUGACCCAUCACCACCUCGAAGGAGAGGGAACUGGAUCGCACUGAAGAUGAGGAAGCUCAUCAAGCCGAAGAGUCGUGAGCGCAUGCGUUCUCUCACACAGACCCCGUCCCGCUCGGAGUCCAGCGAAGGGUUCCUGACCCUGCCCCACCCGGACAGCCAGGACAGCUCAUCCGUGGGCUCCGGGUCCAACUCGCUGGAGGAUUCGCUCGCACACCGCAGCGGCAGGAAGAGAGCUGAGAAAAGCCAAUCGCAGGCUUCCUCUAACGCGCUGAAAAAGCUCCCGUUCAUGAGGAACCGAUCCAAGGAGAAAGACCGAGUGAAGGCUGUCUACCGCCGCUCUAUGUCCAUGAACGACCUGCUGCAGACGAUGGCUGUGUCCGAGGGUCAGUGGUCCAGCAGCACGGAUCAUCUGGAAGCUCCUGAUGGGAAGGAGUUCGGGUCCAUGGUCUAUUCCAGCGCUGGUGCUGAUUACGCCAGCCUAAGCCUGAUCCGCGCCGCUCCACACCGCACCCAUACAGGUAACGCCAUGUCCAGUGAUGACAUCACUCAGGUGUCCUCGGAGGAGUCGAGUGUGCUGCGAGCUCAGGGCGUGAUGAACGGCAGUGCGAGCGCAGCUCACAGCGAGAGCAGUGGAGACGUCAGUGUGUGUUUGGACAGUCCUGUGAGGAUGACAUCAUCGCAGCUCAGCACACAGGACGGCUCACACAGUGUUCAGCCCGAGAGGGUUUCCCUGCAGCAGUUCCUGACCGAGAGCACAGACCCGGCAGAGGAGUCUCUGUCGGCUCCGCCGGGCCGUGUGUCGGGAGCCAGAGAGCGCGUGAAGGGCCGGGGGAUCCUGCGUUCAGCCAGCGGCAGGGCGGCGGCACCAGACUCCGGUCCCCCGGGCCGGCCCAGCCUGCGUAAGGCGGAGAGCACACGGGCCAAGGGUUCGGCGCCGCCCCGAGCCGGCCUGGCGUCCCAGAGCAGAGCGGUGUCGGUGUCGGAGCGCCUGGACUCGAGCUCCUCGGGUCUGCCCCGCGCCAGCAGCGUCAUCUCCACCGCCGAGGGAACCGUGCGCAGGACCAGCAUCCACGACCUGCUCUCCAAGGACAGCCGGCAGCCCGUUCUGGUGGACCCGUGUCCCGCCCGGACCCAGAGCUCCAGUGAGUACGGCCCCCGCGCCCUGCCCACGUCAGCUAGCAUGCCCUGCAGCGUAGCGGAGUCCGAGCUGAGCCUGCAGGCCUUUCUAGGUCCCUCCUUCACCGUAGACUCCAUGUUUCUGGACUCAGUGUUUGGGGAGCCGGCGGUGACGGGCGGCGCUAGAAACCAGGCCAUCCUGUCGCUCAACACGGCCCUCGUUAGCAACAUUAGCGGCCCUCCCCCUAAAGCCCCCCCCGCUGACGGCGAGCCCGAUGUGUGUGUGCCGGCGGAGGAGUCGCUGUGGUACGAGUACGGCUGUGUGUGACGCUCCGCAUGAGUCCGGAUCCUGCAUGCCUUCCUGUCCCGUGUCCUUAUACUGACCUCUGCUGGACACACAUCCGAGGGUUUGACCUGAACCGCAUCUGUGUGAGAGCAUUAACCCGUGUCACGUUCGCCUGCUGUCGGGUGUGUUCGGGCUGAUCUACUUCCAUAUUUAUGAAAACGAGGCUUGUAGAACAAGUCCCAUGAUGCUCCUUGAGGAACUGCUGCAUUCAUUCAUGUCUGAUUAUUUAAAUGACACGCUCCUGCCGAGUGUUCACGGGACGUUUGUUUGUGAUGUUUGUGUGCAUGGCUUUAUCCCGGCGCUCCAUUCUGAAGGCUGCGAUCAGAAUGAGUGUUUCCCAGAGCACGUCUUGUGUUGAUCAUGUGAUCUGUGUCGUACGCAUCACGCACGUGUCCUCGAGGGAGUCACGGAUGGACGAGGACUCUAGAGACUCCACUGUUUAUCAUGUUGUGUGUCUUCAUCAUAUGUUGUUGUGUAACGCCCAGUUGAAGUGUACCUUGCUUGUGUUCCGCAGAUGUGGAAGUGUUACAGGGAAACAGGAAGUCUAAAAGAGCUGGCACUCAGAGUCUGUCAUGAGUCCACACGGUGAGUGUCGUGAGCCUGUUGUGUUUCAGCUCUGUCUUCAUGCUCAUCCACUGGAAACGCUGCCAUUCCUUCGGGACGUUUAUCAGAAGAGUGACCUUUGAACUUUCAGGAGAUUCUCCCUGUUCAACACAAGCCCAAAGUACCUGGAGCCUGAUGCAUGAACACACACACAAAACACGCUCUGAAACGAGUGUAUGGAGUUCCCCUAUGCUGGCUAU